GCGCUCUACUAAAACCCGUCAUGCGAAAAAAAAAAUUAAAGUUUUUUUUUUCUUCUCUUUACUUUCAACCAUGAGCAUUCGCGCAAUGACAAGUCGGUCUAUCAACUCUUUACCCAGCUUGCCCACCAAAUUUACAAAGGCCUUACCCGGUGAUAUUUACACAACCAAUGUUUCGCAAGACAAUCAAACUAACCUAAUGAGAACGCCUCGUCCUGUGCAUGGAGCCGUUUAUUCUCACGUAUUUCCAGAAACCGCUCCCGAUCCUGUUGUCUUGGCCAUCUCCAAGCCCGCCUGUCAAGAAAUCGAGCUUGAUUUUUCCGAAGACCAGCAAAAGGACUUUGCCGAGGUCUUUUCCGGCAACAGAGUCCUGCCAGGUACUCGUCCCUGGUCUCUCUGUUACGCUGGACAUCAAUUUGGUUAUUAUGCGGGACAGUUGGGUGAUGGCAGAGCCAUAUCCUUAUUCGAAACUGUCAAUUCCAAAGGAGAAUCUUGGGAGGUUCAGUUGAAGGGUGCAGGACGUACGCCUUAUUCUAGAUUUGGUGAUGGUUUUGCUGUACUAAGAUCAAGCAUUCGAGAGUUUUUGAUGUCGGAACACAUGCAUGCUUUGGGCGUACCCACCACACGUGCUAUUGCAUUAAUUGAUACAACAAGAGACGUUUACAGAGAAGACGGUCUCCGAGAACUUCAACCUGAAAACGGUGCGAUUGUGGCACGUAUGUCUCCAUCAUGGCUCCGAUUUGGUAAUUUUGAAAUCUUUUUCCAUCGUGAUGAUAUGGACAAUGUUCGUAAGAUAGCCGAUUACACGAUUGACAAUGUCAUCAAGGAAGAUCUUGUUGGUGCAGGUAAUAAGUAUACACAAAUGCUUAGAAAUAUUACAAAGAAUACAGCACACAUGGUGGCAGAAUGGCAAGCCAUUGGAUUUAAUCAUGGUGUCAUGAAUACAGACAAUAUGUCUAUUUUGGGUCUCACCAUGGAUUAUGGUCCCUACCAAAUCAUGGAUUAUUAUAACCCCCUCUACACAUGCAACCAUUCUGACGAUUCCGGACGUUAUGCAUUCCAUCGCCAGCCCUCCGUCUGUAUUUUUAAUCUUGUCAGAUUAAGCAUGCCCUUAUUUGAACUUAUCGGCGCCGAAGAAAAGGUCGACUCGUUGGUGUUCCCCAGCAAGGAAGACGAGACUCGAGAAAAUGUGACUGAUGAAAAGACGCUGGAAGUUUAUCGUGCAAAGGCACAAACCAUUGUACAAAACAUGCUUCAAACUGAAUACAAGGAAUAUUUCAUGUCAAGUUUAUUAUCCAAGAUGAGAUCCAAGAUUGGCUUAAGAAAGACAGACUCCUCCAAUGCAACGGAUAUGGAUAAUGUGAUCAUCCCGUUAUUGGACUGGAUGACUGCCUAUCAUAUUGACUAUCACCGCUUUUACAGAUCACUGGGGAAUUAUCAAGUGACGGAAAAGGGAGAAGACAGUGAUGCAGAAACUGCUGUCAACCAAUGGCUUGAGAUCUCUACCGAAGAUGCAUCUCAAGUGGAAGCAAGUAAAGAAGCUUUAAAACCUUGGUUAGCCAUUUACCGCCAUCGUUUACUGGAGGAGAAAUCAGACUGCGAAGAGCGAAAGAAGCGUAUGAAUGCUGUGAACCCCAGAUUCGUCCUUCGUAAUUCGAUUGCGGAGCAGGUGAUUCAGGCGUUCCAUAAGGAUCAUACGGAAGAAGAAGCCAAGGAGCUUUUGAAUGUGUGUCUAGACGCUUGUAUCGAUCCUUUUAAAGAACACUAUGACGAUGCUAGAGUGGAGAAUUGGAUCAAGAGCUCAAUCCCGGAUACGGAUAUGAGAUGCUCCUGUAGUUCUUAAACAGGGUGUAUAUGUAUAUAUUUUGGAAUGUGUCACUGGACACCUUAGUCGUAUGUUUCAUGAGGAGGGGGUGGAACAAUUAAUACAUCAUCUAUUGAAU